AUGGUGUCUGGCCAUGUGAACAAACGACUCACAUCUGCUCAAGGACUCGGCAACCAGGACUCGCAUUUUGCUUAUCCUGAGUCGAGGCCUCCGACUUGUGUUCAUCUUGAGUCCAACUUCAACGGCCAUAAUCUACAUUCCCAUCAUCAGGCUUAUCAAGAAACAUGUGACCAACUUCAUCUUAAAAAUCAGAUUAUAACGACAAGCGAUGCUGGUUCACUCCCACUUUCGCCUUCGUUUGCAGCAACGCCAUCUGGCUUGACGGAAAGCCCUAGGCCUUUUCCUUCGCCAACGCCAGAAGAUCUCUACUCGGACACGCAGCAGCAGCACCACCAACAACAACAGCGAACCUCCUAUGCUCAAUCUGGGAAUCAGGGUCUUAAAUCUCGGCAGCCUCAGCGCCACUUACGACUGCCACAAGGAAACGAAGAGACCCGACUGCAAUCGAAUAUCCAUUUGCCCACCAAUAGCUCAACAGGCGUCAUAGGCGCUGUAGUUACUACCACUGAAGACAAUAUUUGCUCCACUAGCCCUAACACCAACACAACGGCAACCAUUACUACAGUAACUAAUACGUCCUCUAAUUUCUCAACUUGGAAAGGACAUCCUCACCAUUUGACCCUUUCCAAUUUCUCACAAACUCUUCAGACCGAUCAGCCAGGGUUAUGUGAACUACCCAAGCAAUUUCCCAAGAGUUACGAAUGCUGCUUAAAUCCAGAUUCCUUACUGGGGAAUUUGGCUACUGGUGAAAUUAGAGCGCCUUGUCCUUCCAGUGGGCACUCGGAGUUUGUGCUAUCUGAAACCCAGCUGGCAGGCUGUUAUAAGAGUGCACCUGUGGCAACUGAUAACAAGUAG